CCUAGCAGGCUGGCUUUUGUGCACAGCUCUCCGAUGGGCCUGCUCCUCCCCCUUCAUUGCACAGGGAGCCUGGGCCUCUACCUCAGCUCUGUGGCUCAGGGAGGGGUCCCGGGAUUGUCUGGGUGCUGUGGGGCAGCAGGAGCGCAGCGGAGGGGCGAUAAAAGCGGCCGAGGGGAAGGCAACCACAGGCGAACUGAAGUACCUGCUGGGAACCGAACGACCCCGCCCUCCGCCGCUGCUGGGGGCCAGGCUGGAGUGAGGACUGCAGCUGCUGGUUUGUUUUUUCCUCACUGUGUUCAUCUGGGUCCAAGAAAUUCCAACAGCAAGCUGCAUGCACGUGACAGCACAGACGCUGUCUCCGUGUUACAAUGCCAAUCUCACACUGACAUCUGACCAGCUGACUUCUGCUGCAGGCUGCACAGUGGUGUUCUAUCCGCCAGAUCUGAAUGACAGUCCUGAGGUUGUACAUUGGACCUACAGAAAUGCUGACAGCCCAAGUCUGUCCAUCAUAGUGUAUUUUAAGGAACAAUCAAAGGUGGAUCUGUAUCAUUCCUAUGCAGGGAGAGUUAACUUCAGCAAAACCAACUGGACUCUGCAAAUAAAAUUGCAGUUGGAAGAUGAAGGAAUGUACCAAUUUAGAACCAACUCCCAAGAAUCUAAGUGGUUCCUUCUGGAAGUUAUUGAUCCUUCCACCCUGGCUGUCUCUGUGGCCGUGGCAGUGGUGGCGGUGGUGGUGAUCGCAAUCCUGGCAAUAGUUGGAUACAAGAGAGGUUUCUUUCAACGCUGUUUCUCUGAAGACUCUGCUCUGAGGCGCUGUUUGCCGGGCGGCCGUGCCGCUGGAGCAGGAGGACACGGGGACGACAGGGUGCAAAUGUCACAGUUUCCUGGAACCCCGCAACCCACGGAGGCCCUCUUGGGCCAGCAUCCUCCAGAUUUGGGAAGUCAGAAUGGGGCACGGAUGCGGUGACCCACACCGGCUUCAGCCACACCCUGAGCAACACCCGGUUCCUGCUGCCGCGCCUUCUUGGGCCCGUUCUCCUUCCCUACCUUGCUUUUUUGCUUUUCCAUCUCUCCCCUUUGGGCUGUCUAAGAAGCGUUUGGCUUACCUGGCCACGGCGGCGUCUUCAUUGUGGUUGUGGCCACACGGCUCUGAGCCGGGACCCGAGGCAGAUGCAAGUUUGGCAUGUGCCUUUUGGGUGCUUGGCUAGUUUCUCCAGCCACGAGGUGGCCAGUAAAGAUAGGUGUAAGGGGACUGUUGGCCCCUUAUUAGAAGUCGGUGGGGGCUUUUGGCUGGCUUGCCCCAGUACCAGAGGAGGGGGGAAGUGCUGGUGUGGGAUGCAGUGAUGAGGGAGUCAGGGAGGUGGGGAUGCAGAGGAGGGGAACGUCCUUCAUGUGAGCUGGAAGCAACCUGGCCCCACCCUGUCUAAGGGGCCCAAGCUGUGCUGGGGAGCUGAGCCGGGUGGCCAGGGAGAGCCAGGGAGCUGAUCCAUGCUGGGAGCAGGGCUGCAGUCAAUGCAGUGUUGGUGUAGACCAGUGGUACUUAAAAGGAAGUUCUUCUUCACACAGUGCAUAGUCAACCUGUGGAACUCCUUGCCUGAGGAGGUUGUGACGCUAGGACUAUAAUAGGGUUUAAAAGAACUAGAUAAAUUAAUGGAGGUUAAGUCCAUUAAUGGCUGUUAGCCAGGAUGGGGAAGGAAUGGGGUCCCUAGCCUCUUUGUCAGAGGGUGGAGAUGGAUGGCAGGAGAGAGAUCGCUUGAUCAUUCCCUGUUCGGUUCACUCCCUCUGGGGCACCUGGCACUGGCCACUGUGGGCAGACAGGAUACUGGGCUGGAUGGACCUUUGGUCUGACCCAGUCUGGCCGUUCUGAUGAAGAUUGAUGGGGGGUGUAGAGACCAAUGCUGGAUUAACACACAAGCUAACUAAGCUACAGUUUAGGGCCUAGAAAUACAAAACAUUUGCUACAUUCAAGCUUUCCAUAACUGGCUUAACAAAGACGACUGGGAAAACAGACUCCAAAGCAGACCUUGUUCGGAUACGGUAGAAAUAACUGUCAUUUCUAUCAAAACGGCCUGAAGCCAGCUGCCCAGAAGCUGUCACACACGGAUCGCAGCGGGUUUUGGAAUGGCGAUGGCUUUCGCGUUCCUCGAGUUAGAACAGGAGAGCGGUGAAAGUGCUUGCAAAAUCGACUUCCGUCAGUCCGAUGAUGAUGAUGAUGUUGUCAAUGUGGCCGGAGAGUAUAAUGGCAUGCAGCAAAGACCUCUAGAGAAAAAUAAGUCUAAUUAUAGUCCAUUUGCCGGACAAUCACCGAAUUGUGUUGGCUGUGCUGCGGCUGCCUGCCUGCAGUACUUUUUUUUGCCGUUGUGUAACAACUAUCUACUUUCUCCUCUGCCUCUAUGAAACGAUGGGCAGAACUCCAAUCAUUCUCGGGUCACGAUUCCAUAGCACCAAAAUGUGUCUCUGACUCUCGGUGGGCGGCACGUGCAAAGGCUAUUUCGGCCGUAGCUGAGAGUGAUGAUUCACUUAUGGAUGUCCUUGUGCACAUUCAUAUUAGUGACCGUGAAAAAGGUGCCAGAGCUUUGCUUGGUGCAGAUAUGUCAACGCAGUGUCAGCGUAGACCAGUGUUUCUCAACCAGUGGUAUGAAAUCUGGGGGGUAUGUCAACACAACAAAAACUCAAUUUUCUCUGAAUUUCAGUUUUAAGUUUUACGGCGCUUUAUUAUUUUUGUACUUUUUACACCCAAAAAUUUCAUCAGCCACCCGGCUACAAUUAAGUGAUCUAAACAAAUGUGUUGCAUUGGUAGGAAAAAUAUUGUGUGUGUCUGAAAACCAUAGGUACUGCAGCUGCUUAUAAUUUUUUUUAAAAAAGGUAUACUUUAUAAUAAAGGGUUGAGAAAUGCUGGUAUAGACUAGUGGUACUUAAACUUUUUGGCCAGUGGCCCACCCGACUCAAUGCAAAUCUUUCUGUGGACCACCAGCUGCUAAUGGAAACUCACUGUUAAUUAUAUAAUUACACCUGAACCAUUUUGCUAGUGCUCAGCUAGGGAGAACAGUUUAGUUUAACCAGUAGGAAAGGAAUUAUUAAACAGAUUACACACUUUAACUUUUUUUCAUCUUAGUUUCCCAAACUUUAUCUUAUAAGUAUUUCUGAAAGUUCAUUUGUUUGUUUGUUUGUCCCAAAAUAUCUCUGAAACGGUAAGAGCUAGACACACCACAUUUUGCACAGAUACUACUGAUUUCCUUACGUCAUUCACUGGAUUGGUUAUAGCUCGAAAUUGGUUCCCCCAGAACCCCAGUUGGGCCACUAAUUAGCUUUCAGUAGCACCUGAUCAUAGGCAUUUGUUGGACUCUUCUUUUAAGUGUCAAAAAACUGCAACUACAGUUUAGAUCCUUUUCCCGUGAUAACAGAAAGAGCACUAGCUCUGUUCAUUUCUUACAGUCACAUAUGAGAAGAGUAUUUCCAAUAAAACAUGCUAUGUUAAUG